AUAGGCCAGUUGGAAAAUCACUGUUUUUCCCGCUGCUGUUUUCAGGCUUUAGUGUUUGUCCUGUAGACGGCCGCGCAAGACAUCCUUCCAAACAACAACACAUGAAAAAAAACAAAAUAAAACAAUAAAACUCACAAAUUAUGAUAAAAGUUUUACUCCUAACAACUAUUUUAUCAGUGGCAUCAUGUCAAUUUAACUUGGACGCUGAUGAUGCAUGGUCAUCUGUCAUGGAGGUACCAGGAGCGCAGAGGUCCAAGGGUCACAGUGGUGAGGAGCACACGAGCGGGUUCGUCAACGAGUGGACGGUGGAAGUGGUGGGCGGUGCCGAGGUGGCUCAACUGGUGGCUUUAGAGCUGGGAUAUGUGUUUGGUGGUGAGGUGCUCGGUUUUCCGGGAACAUACAUAUUCUACAAGUACGGGCAUAGCAAGCAGCGACGCACCCCCAGCGACCACCACACGGCGAGCCUGAACAACGAUCGGAGGGUAAGAUGGGCCGAACAGUCUUUCAGCAAAACCCGAGUCAAGCGUUACCCCAUAGAUGGACCAGAGAAAAUACUGCACAGAGUGAAGAGGGUAGAAAAUGAGAGUAAAGCUGUUGACGAACCUGUCAAAGAGAGACAGAAGAGGGCUGUCAGGGCUGACCUCUUCAAUGACGAGCUUUGGACUGAUGAGUGGUAUUUGCACGACACUCGCACUCGCUCCGAUCUGCCGCGACUGGAUCUCAACGUGCUGCCCGUGUACAACAUGGGCUUCAAUGGCAAAGGCGUGCGAGUAACAGUAUUGGAUGACGGCAUCGAGCACAACCACACCGACUUGAAAACAAACUACGACCCAGAAAUAAGUUGGGAUUGUAACGACCGCGAUUCCGAUCCUAGUCCCCGCUACGAUGAACAAAAUUUGAAUUCUCAUGGAACUCGUUGCGCUGGCGAAAUAGCGAUGGUCGCUAACAAUAGGAAGUGCGGAGUAGGCGUGGCUUGGGGUGCCAGAAUAGGCGGAAUUCGAUUGCUCGAUGGACAAAUCACAGACCGAAUAGAGGGGGAAGCCAUAGGGUUCGCAUUUGAUAAAGUAGACAUCUACAGCGCUUCAUGGGGCCCUGAUGACAAUGGGGAGACUGUGGAGGGUCCCGGCCGCUUGGCCGCUGAGGCGUUUAGACGAGGAGUUACUCAGGGCCGUGGAGGCAAAGGCAGCAUUUAUAUCUGGGCUAAUGGAAAUGGUGGAAAAAAUCAUGACAACUGUAACUGUGACGGGUAUGCAUCCAGCAUUUAUACUAUUUCAAUAGCGAGCGCCUCCCAACACGGUCUGUUCCCCUGGUACGGGGAAAUCUGCUCUUCGACCCUGGCUACCACCUAUUCAUCGGGAGCUUAUAAGGAGCAGAAGAUUGCAACAACCGACAUCAGAAAUUCUUGCACGCUACGUCACACGGGCACCUCAGCAGCUGCCCCGCUCGCCGCCGGGAUCAUUGCCCUGGUUCUCAGCGCCAACCCUAAUUUAACAUGGCGUGAUGUUCAGCAUUUAAUCGUUUGGAAAUCGGAGUAUGCUCCUGUAUCCAACAAUCCUGGCUGGAAAAGAAAUGGGGCCGGCCUUCGUUUUGAUGUUCGAUUUGGCUUUGGACUUCUCAAUGCUGAAGCACUGGUGAAAGCGGCAUUAGAUUGGCAGAAUGUGCCCCAGAAAUACAUCUGCAAAGUGGACCCAAUAAUGUUGAACGAAAACGACAAUUUGAUCGAGACAGGAAAAACACAAGACGUUUAUUUUGAGGUGCUCAACGACUGUUUGGUGAACUAUGUGGAACACGUCCAACUGGUCGUGAGUCUCGCCUACAGUCGGCGCGGCGCUCUGCAGAUCGGCCUCACAUCGCCUCGAGGUACAAAAAUCCCGGUGCUUACCGCUCGUCCAAAAGAUUCUUCGACGAAUGGUUUUUCAGCAUGGCCAUUUAAUUCAGUGGCUACUUGGGGAGAAAACCCUAAAGGCGCUUGGGUCGCUAGUUUUACUGAUGAGUCAGACGAAGAGAACAGCGGCAAAUUGGAAUCUAUCAAACUUAUUAUCCACGGAACCUACCAAAUGCCCCAUCACAUGAGAAACGGGCCGAGAAGAUAUGACAACAACUACAGCUAUCAACAGAUAUUCAACUACUUCAAGCAGUAUGCGACUAACCUUAACACAGAAAAUGAUGAAAAUGCCAUGCCAACAGCUAAUACCAAUUACAAACAAAUGCAAGAUGAAUUGCUGAGAGUACACCAUAGAAACUAUUAAAAUAUCUACUACUUAUCUACUAUGUCUAUGUACCUUUUUGUAUGUACCUACCACACUAAAUGUAAUCUAUAAAAUUCAUUGAUAAAUUGUAAUAUGCCUUGCUUGUUGCAAUUUCAAGUUCCUAUUACAUUCGUAAUAAUUGUAUCUAGUCUGUUUGCUGACGUGUGGAAAUAUAAAUAAAAUCGUACUUAUCUUGUACACUUGUAUAAACACAAUUUAUGAGUUUAUUUGACCUUCCUUAAAAACACACGGAUACUAACGUCA